AUUCCAACCACUUAUUAACAGCAGAGGGCUGUGAAGCCAGCGGUUACUUCGUCCUCUCUCUCUUUAUAGCAAGUGUUUAUCUUUAAGGGGGGAGCUUUAAACUACAUUAAAUAUAUUGUCUGCGAGAUCAAGCGAAACAAAAUGGGGAAAGUGAACGUGUGGUUGAAUCGGAGUUACAUUAUCGUGACAAGUGUGAUCGCGAUCCUGAGUGUCGUGCUUUUGGGCUUCACUCUGUUUGGCCACGGGUCCAUCCAUGAUGAUGAAGAGGUUGAGAGCAUGACAUACACAGGCGUAUAUGGCAUGUAUGGUAUAUCAAGCAUAACUCUGCUCUUGACUAUCACUGGUCUCUGUGGUGCCCAGAAAAAGAAUCAGUGUGCAUUAAUAUUGUUUGCAGUUGGAAUGAUCCUGAACAGCCUGUACAUGAGUAUGACGGAAAUUGCUCUCAUGACUGCACGAUCAAUGUUUGCUAAGGAACUGAAGGGUCACUACCUGCAAAUGCUGCCGCUGGCUAAUGCUAGUGACAGAUUUAUAGACAACCUCAACAACAUACAGAUGGAUAUGCAGUGUUGUGGACUGGAUCAGGGCUACCAGGACUGGGACUACCAUAUCUCAAAAUCCUGCAUGUGCACCGAAGAGUCCACUAAUCCAUGUGUGGCAGCUCCAAGAAACAGCAGUCUGUUUGAGCAUGUGGUUGAUGACCAGCCCAUCAUGAUUUAUAAAGAGCCAUGCAUUCCAUUAUUGACUGCGCAACUGAUGACUUUCUUCAAUAUAAGUGUGGGCGUGAUGCUGGGAGUCAUAUUACUCAUGGUAUUGUCGAUAGCAUUGUGUAUUGCCAUCUUGUGUCAGCUACGUCGGAAGGAAGAUACUCCUACAGUGGUCUACACUCCAGAGGCAAAAGCAGGCAACUACGCUGUUCUCGUAGAGCCUGAAGAGACCAUCUGAUUUCUUUGUUUUUAUUUUUGGCUGCUCUUAACAAUGGUUAAGGUCAUCAUGUCAGCAUAUCAAGCAAAGUUGAGAGAAAUAUUUCUCAACUUUGCUAAAUUUAUUUUUAUGGCCAUUCACAACUUGAAACCUACCCUGAAGAUACAUGUUUUUUGUCAUACUAUGGGAAAAUUGUGGGCUAUGAAUAUAAGGUGAAGUAUUCCCUGAUCUUUGUGACAAUCAAAGAAUAUGAUGAAGACUAAGAUACACAAGUUGCAGGUCAAGUCUGAGCCCAGUUACAGAAUAAUGAAAAGAAUAUAAUUAAUUGCAUCAGAUUUGCUUCUCCAAAACCCUUCUGCUACACUAGAGAGGUGGGGUAUACAGCAGUUCAGCACUUUUCCUUCCACCGUCUUCAAUGGACAACAAAUAGUCCAAAUAAUGAUGGAGAUAUAACUGCUGAAAUAUUUACCUUGUGGAUGUAUUUAAGCUUUAAUAACAGCGAUAUAUGGUCAAAGGUACUGAAGUGGUUAUAGCAAGUUACUUUAAUUCUUAAGAGGAAGGAGCAGAUUUUCAUUCCCUUCCGGCUAUCAGGAAAAAUCAUUGUUCAUAUUAAAUAACAGAAUUUAACUCAGAUUAAAUUCAUCUUGGGGCCCCACCCUUUGAAAAGGGAAAAUUUAUAGCCAACUGAUUUUCUCUUUUAUCAAAAGAGUCCUUGACGUGUGUACGGAUUACUGUAUAUUCCAUACACACUACCCGCAUAAUCAAGUUCUUUAUACAACUAACUACACACAUACAAACUAACAAACAAAUAAAUACAACCAUGUGGCUCAGGAGGUAGAGCGAGUCAUCCACUAAUCAGAAGGUCAGUCAUUCAAUCAUCGGCUCCUUCACUCUGCAUGUCGAAGUGUCCUUGAGCAAUAUACUGAAUACCAAAUUGCUAUGCCAUCGGGGUGCAAUGGCACCUUGCAUAGCAGCCACUGCCAUCAGUGUACUAAUGUGUGAAUGGGUGAAUGUGACAUCUUGUGUAAAGUGCUUUGAGUGGUUGGAAGAUUAAAAAAGUGCUAUGUUAGUGUGCCAUUUACAUUUAACCAUGUAUAAAUGUUAUGAAGACGGUGAUGAACAAUUGAUAAAUGCAUCAAUGAAGUCGUUUAUACAUCGACAGACAAUUGAUAACAGGAGGACCAGUGUAUACAAAAUAAAGCAGUGAAGGAUGGUAAGAUCUUUUAAUUUGCAACAUGUUACACAUACAUAUUUACCAUAUGUCUAUAUAUAUGCAUAUGUAUACGUAGAUGCACAGCACAAUUAAAUGCUAUGAUCAGUUUUCUGGUCAGACAUGUUUUACUUCAUUAUUUAAUUGCAUUAUUUACUACUGUCAAAAACUAUCAUCUAGACUAUAACAAGUGGAGUGAGGACAGAAUUAAGCUAUUAUGACUUAUCCUAAUAGGCCAAUACAUAAUAUCAAGUAACCAUAAGACAUAUAUUUAAGGUUAAGAAAACAGUUAAGGUCAAGAAAUCAGUUUAAAAUAUGUCCCAAAUUACCAAACAUGUCAUCAAAAAUAGUUUCACUACAACAAAACGUUGAGCCAUGCUUGAUAAAAGCAUCAUAAGUACAAUAUUCCUUCAUAUAAAGAAACAAUUCCUGUUAUUUUAGGGUUUAUUGCCCAUGCAUCCAAAUCAACAAUCUUAACUCUAAACUUCACAUUCUUUUCUUAUUGUUAAUGAGACAAUCAAUUAAUGUACAUUUUAAUUCUGCAGUGCAGGGUACCAGUUUCUUUGUCCGUUGUUGUCAAGUCUUAUGAGUCCUGAGUUCAACUUGAUGGAAAUCAGAGAUUAUGAGAUGUUCCUGAAAAAGGGUGUUGUCAGGUGCUAUGCACAGUCAGGGAAAGCAAGUGGUAAUUUACUAAACUGGCUUAGGUUGCCAGAAUUGGCCUCUCAACCUUUGUUGUUCAUGCUGCUGGGUUUUUGGAGGCCUGAUGUAAAUUGACAAAUAUGUCAUUCAACUUUCAAUUAGCAACCUCCCAAAUCCUGGGGCAUGUGACAGCAGAGGUUCCUGGGAGAUGUUUAUCAAUUCUCGGGAAAGAUUUGAACAUUUUCAUCAUCACUAUCUUUAUCACACUACAAAAGGAAUGUCUGUAUUGCCAAACUUUUUAUAAAGAUUGUUUCUUACAA